CGCGUGCCAAUCGGCUUUCGUCUUCCCGCCGCACGCACUUUCUCUCUCUACAGCAAAACCCCCAAAUUCCAAAGUCUCUCUCUCUCUAACCUUUCCACGAAAGCUCUCACAGCACGGCAACCAGAAAACACCCAUAAUAAACAAAUCCCAUCACGCCAUUUUUUCAGCUCCCCCCGAAUCAAUCAAAAGCUCCCAGCUUUCUCUUUCCACUUCCCAUUUUUCACCCAUUUUUUUUCCUUAACUUUUUCGCCCCUUCUGAAGCCCGUCCUGUAGUAGUACAUGUGUGAAAAUGGCCGUGCACAAGAAGCAACACCACCAACACCAUAGUUACAUCUCCGUACCUUCACAGAUCAUUGGCUCCAUCUCCCAAUCGUCGCUGGAUUCCCUUCUCCGGUCGCCGAGGAAGAACCACCACUCCCCGUGUUCCAAGCUCAGGACCUUCUUAAAAUCCCCUAGGUUCCUCAUCCUCUCGAUUUUCGCCUUCGGCCUCCUGUGGACGUCCAUGCUGUUGCUCGAUUUCGACCCAUCGGCUCCCUUCGCGCAGAGCCCAUGUCCGGUUCGUGAGGAAAUCGAAUCGAAAUCGAGUGGGGUUUUGGGUUUGGGUUCGUUUUCCGGCCGGAGUAUCGUUGGAGACGGCGCCGGAAUCGAGUUCUGGCGGCAGCCCGACGGGAUGGGGUACAGGCCGUGUUUGGAUUUUAGCAAACAGUACCGAAAGGAGAGUGUGGAGGUUUUGAAGGACAGGACUAAGUACCUGAUGGUGGUGGUCUCUGGGGGUAUGAACCAGCAGAGAAAUCAGAUUGUCGAUGCCGUGGUUAUCGCCCGAGUUCUCGGGGCAGCUUUGGUUGUGCCCAUUUUGCAGGUCAAUGUCAUUUGGGGUGAUGAAAGUGAAUUUACUGAUAUAUUCGAUUUGGACCAUUUCAAGAGUGUGUUGUCUGAUGACGUGAGGGUAGUUUCUUCACUUCCCUCGACUCAUUUGAUGACGAGGCCGGUGGAGGAGAAGAGGACUCCCCUUCACGCAUCUGCCGACUGGAUUCGUUCGCAUUAUUCAAGAAAACUUAGGAGGGAUGGAGUAUUAUUAUUACGCGGUUUGGACUCCAGACUCUCCAAGGAUCUUCCAUCUGAUCUCCAAAAGCUUCGCUGCAAGGUGGCUUUUCAAGCUUUGAGGUUUGCUCCACAUAUAUUGGAUAUCGGCAAAAAACUUACAGAGAGGAUGCAGAGCAAGGGACACUAUCUUGCACUUCAUCUCAGAAUGGAAAAGGAUGUCUGGGUUAGGACAGGAUGCCUUCCUGGCCUAAGCCCCAAAUUCGACGAGAUUAUACACAACGAAAGAAAAGCUCGACCAGAGCUUUUGACUUCAAGAUCUAACAUGACUUAUCAUGACAGAAAGCUCGCGGGCCUUUGCCCGUUGAACGCUUUGGAAGUCGUAAGGUUGCUCAAAGCAUUGGGAGCUCCGAAGAGCGCGAUAAUCUAUUGGGCUGGAGGGGUUCCACUAGGAGGAAAAGAAGCUUUGCUGCCUUUGAUGAAGGAAUUUCCGAAUUUCUAUAACAAGGAAGAUCUUGCUUUGCCUGGCGAGCUUGAACCGUUCGCAAAGAAGGCUUCAUUUCUUGCUGCUAUUGAUUAUAUAGUUUCCGAAAAUAGCAACGUGUUCAUGGCAUCUCAUGGCGGGAAUAUGGGUCGUGCCAUUCAGGGGCAUAGGGCCUAUGCAGGGCAUAAGAAGACCAUAAUUCCGAACAAAAGACAAAUGCUUCCGUAUUUCAUGAACUCAUCUUUGCCCGAAACUGAGUUCAACCGAAUCAUACUCGACUUGCACCAGGACUCGUUAGGACAGCCCGAGCUUAGGACAAGCAAAACUGGUCGAGACGUGACAAAGUAUCCUAUCCCAGAAUGCAUGUGCAACCGUACCAUCACAACACAUAACGCAUCUGUCUAACUUUCAAGCAAACCGACACAAAAAAUUGGGUACCCAUUUUGAUGAGUUAUCAAAAGAAGUAUGAAAAAGGAAAAGCUGCAUCUUUGGGAUGACCCUUCAAGAUUUUUCUAGCUCCCGAGUAUUGAACGAGACGAACUAAAGAGGCUUUUUGCCAUUAAGAGAGCUAUAUUUGAGACUCAUAUACUGUAAUUAGAGAUCAACCCAAGUGAAGGAAUGUACUGUGUAAGUAGGAGGUGUAUCUUAUUCUUUUGUUCGAUUUGUUCUUUUAAGGAUUUAGAUCAAGAGAUCAUGACGCAUACCUGUACUGUACAUAUUCUAUUUUAAUAAAUGAUGGAUAGAAAAAAAAAAAAAAAAAAAA